CCUCCAUGUGUGAGGUUAACUUGGACCUCAGAGGGAGGACAACAACAGUCCUGGUGUUAGUGUCAGCUUGCUGCAGCAGCUCGUUAUUUGUAAUUACUACCUCUCACACUCGUCACUUUUACUCUUCAGACAUCUUAACUUCUGCAGAAUACGGAGAUCCAAGAGCUGCAACAACAGCCAUGUUAACCUGAAAUGGUGUCUGAGCUGCAACACUUUUGAGAGGAGGCUGAAACAUUUUAAGAGAAUUGUCUCGAGACCUGCACAAGGAUCAUGACUGAUGUAGAUGAUCCAGAUUCAUGACCUCGCCAUGAGCCGAAGUCAGAUGUAUCGUGUGUGGGGAUGUUUCCGAGGUGUCUUUCGAGUAUUGUGUCAUGGCGCUCUGUGGCCAUUUUAGCAGUCAUUGCAAGUUUGCUGCAGGUUACCAAUGUAGUUCCACAUGGGCAGCUAGGCAGGGGCCCAACAGGCUGCAGCAAGAAACGCAGCAGCAGCAGCAGCGAGGAAACUCAGUUUUCAGAUGACCACCAGGCAAUGUUAUCUCAUAUUGCUCAUUGGAGUGUCUUAGAUGGCUCUGGGGAGUUCAGAGUGGCAGUGGGUGUCCUACGAGGAUCUGGAGCUGAAGCCGGCCAAGACGAGAGACUGGACGGAAGAGACGAGCAGAGCGUACCUAUCAGUCAGGGUUUGACACUAGUCACUCAGUGCUCUCUUGCAAGGCUUCAUCAUCUACCUCCACUGGCUAAACAUUGGCAGGGCCCAGUCUCCAUUGCAGUAUUUGCAUUGAGUGGAGAGGUACAAGCUGUAGUUCAAACCUUCCAUUUGUUGCGUAAAUGUUACCCUGAAAUUAAGGAGAACGUUACUUUUAGUCUCGUCUUUCCUCUGAAUUCUCCCACCUCUCCGCACCUCACUCCCACAGCAGAUACUACUCCUUGUGAGAAAAUAUUUCUGGAAAUCCACCAAGCCAAUUAUGACUUCAAGGGAGUGCAGUACCCAAACAACUUGCUGAGAAAUAUUGCUCGUAAAGCUACUAACACACCUUUGAUGAUGGUAGUAGACAUUGAUAUGACCCCAAGUCUAGGUCUGCAUGAUUCAUUUAUUUCAUAUGCAGUUGGAAAAGGUUUAUUUGGAGACAAUUCUGGUGAGGAUAAGACUGUGUGGGUAGUGCCAGCCUACGAGAUCAAAGAUGAUGUGAAGAUCCCCAAAACUAAGCAGGAACUGUUGAAAAUGAAAGAAAAUGGCUUAGCAAGACCAUUUUAUCAAGAGCUGUGCUUGAAGUGCCAGCGAUACACGGACUAUGCAGCAUGGGAAAAGAAUAAAGGUGGAAAAGUGGGUCAUGUAGAACCCUUGUAUGAAGUGCUGUGGCAGGACCCCUGGGAACCAUUCUACAUCACCAGGACCAACAUACCACCCUAUGAUGAAAGGUUCAGGCAGUAUGGCUUUAAUAGAAUUAGUCAGGUUUGCGAGCUUCAUGUGGCCGGGUACAGGUUCUUGGUGCUGGACUCCGCCUUUGUGGUACACCAGGGAUACAAGACCUCCGACAACUUCCACAGCACCAAGGACAUGGAACAGGAAAAAACCGCAUUCUAUUUCGACAGUUUAAGGGAGAGCUGAAGGAGAGGUAUCCGGAGUCCUCCAGAAGGUGCUAUUAGAAAAUCAGGUGGUGAAGAUUUAGUUAAGGUGAAGCUGUUGCAUUAAUUGAUGUGAUGUACUGGUAAGCUCUGAAAAAAGGGUAACUCUCAAUACAGUAUUACAAAAGAUAAUGAAGCUUUGUUACAUUGAGCUUUACUGUCUUUAACUUUAGGUUAAUAAAAUUAAUAGUAUUGCUUUAUUGUAUUAUUUAAUUUAGUUAAGAAAAUACAGAUUUGUUAAGGAUGUCAAAAUAUGUGUAAUGCAAGGCCAUGAAAAUUGAAUUUCACAUUGGUUCAUGCAUUUUUGAAUGUGCAAAAUCUAAUAACUGGUAAGAUUUUUUUUUUUUUUUUUUUUUUUUUUACAAGUCGGCCAUCUCCCACCGAGGCAGGGUGACCCAAAAAGAAAGAAAAUCCCCAAAAAGAAAAUACCUUCAUCAUCAUUCAACACUUUCACCUCACUCACACAUAAUCACUGUCUUUGCAGAGGCGCCCAGAUACAACAGUUUCAAAGCAUAUAUAACGUACCCCUCCAAACUGUCAAUAUCCCAAACCCCUCCUUUAAAGUGCAGGCAUUGUAUGUACUUCCCAUUUCCAGUACUCAAGCCCCUUCACUAAAUAUUACCCUGCUCACACUCCAACAGCUCGUCAGGUCUCAAAAACCAUUCCUCUCCAUUCACUCGUAUCUAACACGCUCGCACAUGCUUGCUGAAAGUCCAAGCCCCUCGCCCACUAAACCUCCUUUACCCUCCUCCCUCCAACCUUUUCAAGGACAACCCCUACCCUGCCUUCCUUCCCCUACAGAUUUAUAUGCUCUCCAAGGCAUUCUACUUUGAUCCAUUCUCUAAAUGACCAAACCACCUCCACAACCCCUCUUCAGCCCUCUGACUAAUACUUUUAGUAACUCCACACCUCCUAAUUUCCACUCUCCAAAUUCUCUGCAUAAUAUUUACACCACACAUUGCCCUUAGACAGGACAUCUCCACUGCCUCCAACCACCUCCUUGCUGCAGCAUUUGUAACCCAAGCUUCACACCCAUAUAAGAGUGUUGGUACCACUGUACUUUCGUACGUUCCUUUCUUUGCCUCCAUGGAUAACAUUUUUUUGUCUCCACAGAUACCUCAAUGCACCACUCACCUUUUUUCCUUCAUCAAUUCUAUGGUUAACUUCAUCCUUCAUAAACCCAUCUGCUGACAAGUCAACUCCCAAAUAUCUGAAAACAUUCACUUCUUCCAUACUCCUUCUCUCCAAUGUGACAUCCAGUUUUUCUUUAUCUAAAUCAUUUGAUACCCUCAUCACCUUACUCUUGUUUAUGUUCACUUUCAACUUUCUACCUUAACACACACUCCCAAACUCCUCAACUAACCUUUGCAACUUUUCUUUAGAAUCUCCCAUAAGCACAGUAUCAUCAGCAAAAAGUAACUGUGUCAACUCCCAUUUUGUAUGUGAUUUCCCAUAAUUUAAUCCCACACCUUUCCCCAACACCCUAGCAUUGAUUUCUUUUACAACCCCAUCUAUAAAUAUAUUAAACAACCAUGGUGACAUUACACAUCCCUGUCUAAGACCUGCUUUUACUGGGAAGUAAUCUCCCUCUCUCCCUCACACCCUAACAUGAGCCUCACUAUCCUCAUAAAAACUCUUUACAGCAUUUAGUAACUUGCCACCUAUUCCAUAUACUUGCAUCAUCUGCCACAUUGCUCCUCUAUCCACUCUAUCAUAUGCCUUUUCUAAAUCCAUAAAUGCAAUGAAAACUUGCCUGCCUUUAUCUAAAUACUGUUCACAUACAUGCUUCAAUGUAAACACUUGAUCCCCUACCCACACUAAAGCCUCCUUGCUCAUCUGCAAUCCUACUCUCUGUCUUACCUCUAAUUCUUUCAAUAAUAACCCUUCCGUACACUUUUCCUGGUAUACUCAGUAAACUUGUUCCCUUAUAAUUUUUACAAUCUCUCUUGUCCCCCUUCCCUGCUCUCUGCCAAUCCCUAGGUACCUUCCCCUCUUUCAUACAUAUAUUAAACAAAAGUACCAACCACUCCAAUACUAUAUUUCCCCCUGCUUUUAACAUUUCUGUCAUGAUCCUGUCAGUUCCAGCUGCUCUACCCUCUUUCAGUCUUUGUAAUGCCUCACGCACCUCCCCCACACUCGCAUCCUGCUCUUCUUCACUCCUAAAUGAUGUUAUACCUUCCUGGCCAGUGCAUGAAAUUACCGCCUCCCUUUCUUCAUUGACAUUUAACCCUUUGACUGUCGCGGCCGUAUAUAUACGUCUUACGAGGUACCGUGUUUGACGUAUAUAUACUCAUAAAUUCUAGCGGCUUCAAAUCAAGCAGGAGAAUGCUGGUAGGGCCACAUGUGAGAGAAUGGGUCUGCGUGGUCAGUGUGCACCAUAUAAAAAAAAUCCUGGAGCACGCAGUGCAUAAUGAGAAAAAAAAAUUCGACCGUUUUUUUAAUUAAAAUGCCGACUUUGUGGUCUAUUUUCGUAUAGUAUUUAUGGUUGUAUUCUCGUUUUCUUGGUCUCAUUUGAUAGAAUGGAAAACAUAUAGAAAUAGAGGUGAUUUUGAUUGAUUUUACUAUAAAAAGAACCUAGAAAUGGAGCUCAAAGUAGGGGAAAUGUUUGAUUUUUACCAAUGUUCAAAAGUAAACAAAUGAUGCCAUUGUCCAAUAAAUCUCCAACUAGCCAUUCUAAUAUGCAGUCAUGAAUGGGUUGAUGUUAUUUAUACAAUUAUUACAGUAUUGCAGUAGUCUGCAUAAUAGUAAGUCUUCUAUUUUUUGUUUGAAUAAAAAUUUAAAAUAGAAAGCAAGAGUUAUCUCAGAGGGGCCUGGAGACAUGACUGAUGAACAAAGAAAAUGUUAUUUUAGAGCCAGGAAAGUCUGCAUUGUUCAUUCUGGACCUUAUUUUGAAA